AAUGACCAAGCAGAUACAAGACAAUGUCUGGCAAAAUCCUGUGAAACAUGCUUUAUCCUGUGCACACACGACAGUGUUAUAUUGUUAAUAUAACCAAAUCUCUAAAGUUUGUUUUGUAUGUGUUUUUGGGAGUUGAUUUUAAAUGAACAUAGGUCUACUGGUUAGGAUGGUUCUGUAGUUUUUUUUAGGAUUUCAAGAAUCUCCCCUCUUUCCUAGAUUGAUGACAUCUUUGGUGGCAAUUCUAUCAAUGGCAGAGAAGUCAACUCCCCCAUAAGUGCCACAUCCAGAGUGUCACUCACAUUGGAAGAGAAACAGAGAUUAGCCAAGGAACAGGAACAGGCAUCCAAACUGAGGAACCAGCAACCCCUUGAACCCAAGAGUGUAAAAGCAGCCACACCCAUCACACAGACCAAGGACCUUACCAGCAGUUUAAUGAACAACAUGACGACAUUGGGCCACUUGGCUUUAAACAGUACUCCUACGUCGACACCUGCUCAGAGCAGCAGAAUAUCAACUGCCUUCCCUGUGACUGCUGCUAAGAGUGGCAUGGGCGCCGCCAUGGAUCCCAUGAGUAACGGUCUGAGUGCACCCAUGCGUUUCCCAUCAGUGGGCUUGGGUCUGGGCAUAUCUCCAGCCACGCCAGCCAUGUACGGAGGCGGCAUGGCCACCACAACCAGCACACCCAACUUCAGCUCUCUGACACAGAACCCACCCCAGAUCUCUGCCAGAUCUCCAGACUUGUCUGCCUUGGACUCUCUCUUCGUCUCCAACAAGCCUAAAGUCAGCAUGAAUCAAAUGGCCCCGACAUCCAACCAACCCCCCUGGCUGAACCAGUUCGGGCUGAGCCAUCCUUCUCAGACUGCGCCCAUGCAAGCGACUACCCUGGGUAUGACAUCAGUGCAGAGUGGCUUUGGUAUGCAGGCCAAUCCCUUUUUCAAUCCCCAUAACUUUGCCCAGCCAGCUGUGAGCACAUCAUCAGCGCUGUCCAGCGCCGGCCCGAUCAAACACAGCACCUCUGUCAGCAACGAUCUGAAGGACCUCUUUGGAUGAACCUUGGAAAGACCAUGCACAGAGGAGGUCGAGUAAUAAGUGAGAGGUGGAGGAUUGGCUGUGUUACUGAAGUUUUUGGUCUUACUUGAACUGUAUUUCCUCUCAAUUAAUAUAUGAUAUGCUUUGGUCCAGUUAAGAUUAUUUUGUUGUUGUUGUUGUUGCGCUGUGUAAAUCUUUUUGUACAGAACGUUCGAUUCUCACGGCAAUGGUUCAGCAUUGGGAGAUGCACGAAAGGCUACCAUAUGUGCAGAUAUAUAUACGGUAUAAAAUCCACCAUAAAUCGGUCAUGUGAUUUGUAAUUGCCUGACAGAUAGGCACACAGAAAAGGCUUUGAUACAAAGACACACAAAUGUUGAGACAAUUUCUUACGUAUGUUCAUUUUGAUAUAGUGCUUUGGUGUUAGUUUUAUUAUAUUUCAUCUUUGCCCCUGAUUUUUUUUUUUCUCAUUCAUAUUUUUGAGUCAUAUCUUUGAAGUGAGAAGAUUGUGGAUGCUUGAAAUCAGGUCAAGCUUUUGAGGGGCAUCCAGGACAGGGGUCCGGCGAGGCUGUUGGAGGCUGAUCACCUUUGCAUAGAUAAUGCUGAUGCUGUAGUGAACAAUCGAAUCUGAGUGUUAGACAGGAAGUUAUAUCCGAGUGUGAAGUUGUGUUUAAUAUAACCACUGUCUGAUGUGCUCCAUUGAUUUUGAAAAGAAUGUAUUCACUUGCAUUUGAUUGCAUUUACCAUCUGAGUCCCAGUGGCCAUAGCUAGUCUGUCCUGUAUAGAUCAGUUUCUCAUUGACUCCUGUUCACCUGAAAUCUAGCUCAAAUAUCUCUUCAGAGUAAUGACCUGUGCAUCUUAAAUGGAUAUUCAGUGUAGUGUUAUCACAUCAUUCAUGCUAAAACUUGGUUCAAUCUGUUUCCCUUGCUUUUACAUCUUGGUUGAUGGUUAUGACUGUCAUGCUACUGCAAAAUGUAAUGAGGACACAUUCACCAUUUUAUUCCAUAGGAUCACCUGCCUAUUCAAUUCUAUUCGGUCUCCAGAUCACCACCACCUGUCACAUGGCAGCCAUCUUAAAAGCUGUCUGUAAUUGUUUGUUUUUAAUAUACCAGUUAAACGAUAUGUUCAAGACUACAAGUUUGCCUCUUGUUCACAUGUACCAGUUCGAUUUGGUUGAUUGUAUUCAUACACUCUAUUUUUUAAGGUAGAAUUGAUCGGGUGUAUAUUUAUCAAGGCAAUUCCUAACUCCUUCCAUUCCUCCAAUUCUGCUAUCAAUCCAAACUGAUUAGGACAUUCCGUAAUUCCUUCUGUAAUAAUGACAAGAUAAACCGCCUCCUGAGAGGCCUGAAGUUUCAGAUUAAAUGACUAGAUAAACCACCUCCUGAGAGGCCUGAAGUUUCAGAUUAAUUGACUUUAGCAUUGGUGGGCCAGUCAAGUGAGAACUGAGUGACGCCCAUGAGCUGGAUCCUAUCAUAUGUGCUGAUUAUUGGGGUCCAAUAGAGGUUCAAUCUGGCUGUGGGAUGUUAUGUGUAGUUUAGGGGCACUAUGUGUGCGGGUGACCUUAGUGUUGCACAGUAGCACCAUCACAGUACCACUGUGGUCUGACAUCAGUAAAAGCUCUCAACUCAUACAAGAAGAGGAAUUUAUCUUGUGUUUAUCAGUUAAUAUUCACCCAGAGAAAAGAGCAGUACAAUUAUUAGAAUGUGUAAUGCUUCAUUUCAUCAUUAUUACAAUUUAUUUUCAUCAUGAAAAUUGUUCAGAUACUGCCACCAUGUUAGUUUGGUCUUUACGACUUUUCUCAUCCAUAAUCUAUGAGAAUAAAACAAUAAAAAUCUCUUUUCUGGUC